AGUCCGAGAUGAAUUUCGCAGCGCAGUUUUUUGCUAACUUUGUGAACGACGGCCUGGAGACGCGGAGGAGCUUUAACGACAGCGAGGAAUAUGAUCCCUUCUGGCAGAGUGCGGAGCAGCGCAGAGGAUCCUCCAAACCCGACUGCUCCUUCCACAGCGGCCCGUGCGCUAAAGACGGACACAUCGGGAACGGACGCCUGGGUCGCCGCUCCACACUCAUCUGCCCAGAACGCCUGAAGGACUUCGGAGCUGAGGAGUACCUCAAUGGAGACGUGAAGGUCUUUGAGACCAGCGUUUCAGAACCGCCGGAGGUCCAGUUACUGUCCACACCCAAACCAGCCGUGAAGAAGAGCAGCGAGAGCAAGACUACAGCCACAGCUCCUCCUGAACAUCUGCGCUUCGAGGACAUCAGCGCCGCUGCCUUCAAACUACAGCAGGCCGGGAUUCAGAAAACACCCUGCACGUACUCCAGACUGUCCAAGCAGUACGGCAUGGAGAUCUUCCUGAAGAAGGAGCUUCUGCAUUACACGGGUUCAGUGAAGGAGAGAGGAGCGCUGUACCUGCUGUCCUCUCUCAAACAGGAUCAGCAGAGGAAGGGUGUGAUCGUGGCCACAGACUCCAGCUUCUCGAUGGCGGUGGCGUAUCACGCGGUGGAGCUGAGGAUCCCGGUGUUCGUCAUCAUGCCGGCGUGCUGCUCUCCUCUGCGCCUGCGCAUGUACAGAGACUACGGCGCUAUGGUUAUUUCCUACGGCAGCACGGCUCAGGACUCCAUCAACCACGCCAGACACCUGGCCCGAGAGAACGGAUACCUGUGUCUGGAGGAGGACGACAGCGCCGUGUAUCUGGCAGGUCUGGGAACAGUGGGUCUGGAGAUCUACGAGCAGGUGCCCAAGCUGGACGCGGUCAUCGUGCCUGCGAGCGGAAACUAUGGGCUCCUGACCGGAACCGCAGCUGCCAUCAAACACCUGAACCCUCGCAUCUCUGUCAUAGGUGUUGAACCGGAGGACUUUCCUCUUCUGCUGCAGUCGCUCAAAACAGAUUCUCCCAUUAAAGAUCUCUACUGCAACCCCAACAAGAAACUCUACAGAGAUCUGAUGGAUCACUCUCUCGGCACACACUGCUUCCAGCUGGCCAAGAAAACCGUGGACAAAGUCAUUUCUGUCAGGGAGGCGGACGCUCUGGUGGCCAUGCUGCGCUUUCAGGAGUACGAGCGCUCGACCGUGGACACAGAAGGAGCCAUGGGCUUGGCUGCAAUCUUAGCUGGACAACUGCCAGAGCUUAAAGGGAAAAGGGUGGCUGUGGUGGUGAGCAGCGCAAACAUGGAGCUGGACCUGGUUCUGCAGUGUGUGGAGCGAGCUCUGGUUCUGGACGACAGAGUCAGUCGCUUCAAGGUGCAGCUGGACGACUGGCCCGGAGACAUGGCCAAACUCCUGGACCUGCUGGCCCGAGAGGACGUCCGGUUGCUGGAUGUUUGUCACAGACGGUACAGUGAUAAAGCAGAGCUCUUUAAAGCUCAGGUGGAGUGUGUCGUUGAAAUGAGGGAUAAAAGUCAGAACUCACAGCUGCGGCGGACGCUCUCAGACCGAUACCCAUCACUGCACUGGCUGGAGCGGUGAUCACACACACACUCACACACACACACACACACACACACACACACACUCACGCACGCGCACACACACACACAC